AUGUUUGAUUCUCAUUUUUAUUAUAUAGCCGUUGAACGUGAACUCGCUUUUGGUCGAAUAGGUGCCGAUGGCGAAGUACCAAUAGCCGAUGCUCGAGAAAAGCUAGUGAUAGAAGAAUUGCCAUCUGAUAUAGUAUUUUUACACAAUUUCACAAUUUAUGUGGAAAGCAAAAAUCAAAAAAUAUGA